UUGAGAACCACUGCUUUAGAUAAAAAUCAUUUUAGCUCUAACCUAAAAUUGAAGUAUUUAAAAAAUGGUAGAUGUUAGUUUAAAAGCAGAUAUACUAAUUUCGUUUGCUGUGUAAUGAUAAUACAGUGGAAGUUUCAUAAGCUUUCUUUUGCUUUAACUCAAAAAGUAUGUCAGAAUUCUGGAAUGUGCUAAGUCAAGAAUUUUAUCCACUUAAAUAUGUUUACAACUUGUAUAAAGCAAGACAGAGUGUGUAUAACUAGAGCGAGCAGUAUAGUUUUGUUCAUAUUAUCUGUUUGCCAAAAGAAGAAUAAAAGAUGAAUUCAAUAAACAUUUGUUUAAAUUGUUAUUUGUUAACACCUUUAUAUUAUAGAAAUAGAGAAAACUCAGUUUGUUUUAGAAUUAUAUCCAGCCUAUACUAGUAUAUUGUCCUCACAUAUAAUUGAAAGUAAUACAAUAACAUAUUCUUGCAUUUAAAAGAUUUGGAAUAAUUAUAUUAUGCCCCAAACAGAAUGAGGGAAGUAGUGAAAUAAUAGCCAUUUAAGGCAUGGCUCUUGGAAAUCAGGUUGGAAUUUUGGAUGUUUUAAAAUAAGGUUUACUUAGGCCUUUGGGCAAGUGACUUAGAAUAUUCUCAGACUGGUGGGUGUUGAAAAGACAAACGAAUAAUUAGUGUGCAAGAAUGUGAAGCAGUAAGAAGGAAGUUUGUGCAAAUUAAUGCUGGCACAGAUUUGUUAAUAUAUUGUCUUGGUACAAGUUGUCAUGAACUAGGUAAAGGAGCCGAGAAUUUAAUUAGCAAUUUUAUACUGUUUUUGCUUAUUGAACAAAUGAGAGUGUUUUUUUCUUCCUGUCAAGUAUGUUUUAACAGUUGAUUCUUCUACUUUGUCUUGUUUAAAAUAGUCUCUUUGCAUCUUGUAGAAAUAAUAGAACUCGUGGGGUUUCUAAUACUUUUUUUCAAGGUAAGAUUUAGGAAGCAAACAAAGUUCUUGUCCUUUACCCCAUUGUUUUUCCCUCCUACUUGAAGGCCUUUGAGCUGCCAUUCAAAGUUGAAUAUUUCACCCAGCCUGCUUCAUCUAGCUUACUGUCCUCCUGUCUUCAGCUUAAAUAGCACCUACCUUGGCAAGCUACCCAGAAUCCUGCCACCCAGGUGGGUAGGUACCCCACUUAAUGCAUGUUUCUAGUGACUACUCACUUGAAAUUAGCUAUUGUAUUUAGUUUGUUAUUGUUGCUUAUUAUUGCUGUUAUCUUCUCCUACUCUUUAAAUGCUUAGAAAUAACUUGCUCACUAUUAUAAUAUUCAGCACAUUGCCUGGCCUACAUAUUAAGUGCUUAAUAAAUGUUUGUUGACAGUCUUAAGAUCAGUUGAAAGUAUAUUAUAUGACUAAGGAAUUGUCAUUGGGUUAAUGGACUAUUAGGAGAAGUGAGAGAUACUGACUUAUAAUAGUGCUUCUUCAUAAAAGGGCUGCUUUUUAAUUUACCUUGCCUUUGGGUGAAUUCUUAAAACUUCUGGUCUCUUGUGGAAUGGAAGUCAAGAGAGCUUUCUUUUUUCUUAACUUCUGAUAGUGUGUGACGGUUAAUUUAUACCUCAUGUGUCAGUUAGGACAAUUUGAUUUUAAUGAAUCUGUUAAAUAUAAAGGUCCUUUAAAAUAAGUGUACAUACUAAAAAUAUAUUAAAAAGGUUGUUAAUAUACUUACCAUGAAGUUUAUAGUUGUCUUAUUUCAUUAUAAUUGGUAUGACUGUAUGUCUUAUUGAAACUCACUGCCUUUCUACAAGAUUGCUGAAUAUAUCAAUUCUUUAAACAGGGAUGACUUAUCCUCCUGAUUUUUCUUCUACUAUCACUCUUGUCUUGACAAAAGGAAACACCUAUUAAUGUUUGUAAUCUUAACAAAUACAGUAUCAACAUGGGGAUUAAUGAGAGCCUGAAUGCAUGAGUUUGAUGAGCAAAAAUAACGACCUUGUCUUAACUUACUGUUUUUAAAACGCAUUUCUCCCCCCAUCAAAUCAGAAAGGCUUUACACACCUACCUCAGAGUGUUUCUCCACAGUGACACUAUUGGCUUUGUGAGCUGGGUAAUUCCUUGUUGUGGAGGCUGUCUGCAUAUUAUAAGAUGGCCAACAGCAUUUCUGGUCUGUACCAACUCAGUGCCAGCAGCAGAUGUGAGGGGGGGAUAGCUCCACACAUUGCUAUUCAUUUAACCCUGUGGUUUUGAACUAUUUAUCUUCUUCAACCAGUACCUGUGUUUUAGCCUCCACUACUCCAAUGAAUCUGCUUCUAAAACUAGUACCAGUGACCACUUACCUGUCCUUAUCUUAUUUCUGCUGCAUUUCACAGUAGACUGCUCCUUGGAAUUCUCUGACUUUUCAUAACACACCUUACUGGUUCCUCCUUCUUCGUCUUAGUCUUUGUUCUGGGCUGUGCCUCUUCCUCUUUCUUUCAGGUUGUUACCCUUGAUCAUCUUUUCCUCACUCUACACCAGAGCUUCCCAAUGAGAGGACUGAGUGUGUCCCAGAGGUGUAUUUUACUUGGACCAUUAAGUGAUUUAAAGAAAAAAAGAAGCUUCAAAAAACUAUGUGUGAUGUAUAUGCAUCUGUGCAUGUCUUCAUGGAAGAAAGGUUGUUCCUUAGAGCAGUAAAGGGUGGUAAAAACACUAAGAUCAUUACCUUGAAUGGGAAGAAGAUGACAAAGAUACCCUCUACAAUAGGAAACCUGCCUGGCCUGAAGGUUCUAAACCUUCAGAAAAACCUAGUCUCCAGGGUGUGCUCAGAGUUAAGCACCUUGACCCAGUUGACAGUACUAAAUCUGGGAAACAACCUUUUAGAAGAAGUUCCAGAAGAGGUGAAAUACCUCACAUCCCUGAAGAAUCUCCAUUUAUUUGGGAAUAGAAUUAAUAGAUUUGCUUCUGGAGCAUGUGAUGGCUUGAAAAAUUUGAUCCUACUUAAUCUGAACAACAAUCAGCUCACAUUUAUUCCUAAAGAAGUCAGCAGAUUAGAAAGCCUUAUAUAUUUGAGUAUAAAUCAUAACCAGCUAACCAGUAUUCCUAGAGAACUUUGUUUUCUUAAGAAUCUUUCUGAACUUCAACUUAACUACAAUCAGAUCAUUUGCAUACCUGAAGAGAUUAAGUUCUUGAAGAGGCUCCAGAAACUUCUUCUGGCCAGAAACAACAUUGAAAUUUUGCCAGAGGUAUUGUGUCAUCUUACAAACCUAAGAAUCCUAGACAUAGCUGGAAAUGUCAUUCAGAUAUUUCCAACAGGAUUUCAGCAUCUGAAGCUGAAGGAAUUCUACUGUGAGGGAAACCCGCUGUUCCUGAUGCAGCCUGUUAGUGCUGUCAAGCAGCUGGACGUCCUGAGCCUACAGGAAAUAACAUCAAGAUUUGUAGUGAAUGAGCUGACAGAAAGGAAUCCUUUCCUAAUGGAAGCCAUAGAAUGGUACCCAGAGGUUUGGGACAUAAUCUCUAAGGGAAGAAAAUGUGCAAUAUGUGGAAAGGCAUUUUUAGGCAUAUGGAUAGAAUGUGUUGAAUUUGUUUCUCCAUCAAAGAACUGGAAGACAAGCAAAAAUCUAAAGCUGGUACCUCUUCGAACAUUAAUUUGUUCUUACCAAUGUUUUAAUCUACGUGGCCCUAACCAGUUUGGAAUUGCUCAAGUGCAGAGCAGUGAGAAGCUCAUUUAGAGCCUCAGGGGAGUUGCCCUGUCAGCUCUGCACACAGAGUCAGAUUGUACCCUAAUUAUGAUAUCAUGCUGUGUCUCUUUGUCAAUACAUUAAACCAGAGGAAGAAAAACAAUUCCUUUUAAACAUCCCAAUAUAAGCAUUACAGCCUGCCUACAUUAUUUAGAUUCUAGAUGUGCUGUUUCUUCUUUGACUUAAAAACAAAAUAAUAAAUGGAAUAACUACAA